CGGAUGGCUUUCAUCUGGCCGCCGUGGGGCUCGUUCGACUCGCAGGUGCUGACGGCUCGCUAGGGACAAACAAGACGCCGCUCUUAGCCGGCCAAUCAGAUGGAUCAGAAAAUUUCAGAGAGAGAGAAGGCCGGCUGCCCCCAUGACUCCAUCUCUCUCUCCCGUCCUUCUACCUCCUCUGCUCAUUUGGCAUCUGCCCUGCUCUCCAAACACCAACUAAUUUUGCCGCCCCAUCACCCAGCCAUUCCAAUCCCUCUCUCGCUCCGCAUCUUUAAAACGGCCACUUCCAGAGGCCACCAUAGUUGGCCACCCACCUCUCCCUGCUCUCCUCCUCCUCCAGUCUCCCCCUCUCUCUGCACUGUCACAAUGGCCAAGCCGCGCAAGAACAGCACCGCCGCUGCCGCCGCCGCCAACAGUAACAGCGCCGCCGCGGCCGGUGACGCCGGGGUGCGCGUGAAGCCGAAGCGCACGAGGAAGAGCGUGCCCCGGGAGUCCCCCUCGCAGCGCAGCUCCAUCUACCGCGGCGUCACCCGGCACCGGUGGACGGGGCGGUUCGAGGCGCACCUGUGGGACAAGAACAGCUGGAACGAGACGCAGAACAAGAAGGGCAAACAAGUUUACCUCGGCGCGUACGACGACGAGGAGGCAGCGGCGCGGGCGUAUGACUUGGCGGCAUUGAAGUACUGGGGCCCCGACACCAUCCUCAACUUCCCGGCGUCCGCGUACGAAGAGGAGCUCAAGGAAAUGGAGGGGCAGUCCAGGGAGGAGUACAUUGGAUCCCUGAGGAGGUCCAUGAAAUUUAUCCGCAGGAAAAGCAGCGGUUUCUCCAGAGGCGUAUCGAAAUACCGAGGCGUCGCGAGACAUCACCACAACGGGAGAUGGGAGGCGAGGAUCGGUCGUGUUUUCGGGAACAAGUAUCUCUACCUCGGCACCUACGCGACGCAGGAGGAGGCGGCGAUGGCGUACGACAUGGCGGCGAUCGAGUACCGGGGCCUCAACGCCGUCACCAACUUCGACCUCAGCCGCUACAUCAAGUGGCUCCGCCCGGGCGCCGACGGCGGGGCGGCCGCCGCGCAGGACCCGCACCCGAUGCUGGGAGGCCUGGCGCAGCAGCAGCUGCUGCCGCCGGCGGACGCGGUCAUCGACGCCGCCGCGUUCCAGCACGACCGCCGCCAGGGCGGCGCGGAGCUCCCGCUGCCGUCGAGGACGUCGCUGGGCCACACGCCCACGACCUCGGCGCUCAGCCUGCUGCUGCAGUCGCCCAAGUUCAAGGAGAUGAUCGAGCGCACGUCGGCGGCCGAGAGCGGCACCACCACGUCCUCGUCCUCGUCGCCGCAGACGCCGUCCCCGUCCCCGCCGCCGCCGUCAGUGCAGGCGCAGCAUCAGGCGGCCAGGGACGGCGGCGCCGCCUCGCCGCAGUGCGGCUUCCCCGAGGACAUCCAGACCUUCUUCGGCUGCGAGGACGUCGCGGGCGUCGGCGUCGGCGUCGACGUGGACGCGCUCUUCUUCGGCGACCUCGCCGCGUACGCGUCGCCGGCGUUCCACUUCGAGCUGGACUUGUAGCUCACCGCACUCGGUUGCGCUAUAGGCCUUAAUUACUUUUAAUGGAUAAUAUGGAUUUUUUUGUCGAUAUAGGAGAAUCCGAUCACCAUGUGAACCAAGAAAUGGUGAGCCAAGCAAACAAGAGGAGGAAGUAGCACAGCCAGACAGCACACCUAGUCUGUCGAGAAAUUUACAGUGGUAGUGAGAUUUACUGAACAAUUAAGUUUGUAUUAUUUUUUCACCUUGGAAACCGAGGUAGGUAAGAGUGAGUGAGGGCGUGUGUGAGCGAGCAAGAGAUUGUUUCAUUUGUUUCAUUCCUGAUGAAUCCUGACAAAAAGGAAAACAGCAACCAUAUACAUACAUAUAUUCAUAUAAA